CAUAAAAACAAACGCAAAUGAUUGUUUUGGAAGCGCACAAAUACAAAAUAGGUAGAAGAGAAUUGUGCUGGAUCUGAGUCGCGAAAAAUUUCUUUUGUUUCUGUCUCUUUCAUUCUCACAUGCUGAAUAUAGAAUUGUUGAUGAUGAUGAUGAUGGGCUUUUUUUUGUCUAAAAUAUAAUAAAAAAUAUCCACAAACUGUUGAGAAUAUAAAUACAUAUGGACACUCAGCAAAAGACUUCAGUAUUGCGAAAUAAUCGGAGUGUGAUUAACUUUCUUUCUGAUUCCGGCUAGAAUAUCACAUUACAAGUGGAUUUCAAGUUGACAUUUAAAGUACCAUAAAGAGCCACAACAAGAUAAUAACUCAAUAUAAUGUGGAUUAAGUGUUGAUUUUAAGUGUCAAUUAUCAGUUUUUAUGUUCAUUGUUUUCGGUAGAAUUCAGAGGCAAAAUAAUAAAGUUCAAUAAGGACUAAAUACUUAACAAUGUUGUUAAAAUUUAUAAUUUUAGUCAAUUUCUUAAGCUAUGCAACAUGUCGUACAGCGAGGCAAUUUCGAGAAAUACCAGAGGCCGCUGCAAGGUUGACUCAUGCGGAAUAUCCAUAUUAUAAUAUUAUGGCACCUGAUGGUCCUGGGACUUAUGCAUUCGGAUAUGAGAUCGAGGACGCACCAACUGGAAAUGUACAGUUCAGAGACGAGCAAAGACAUAAAAAUGGAUCAGUGACUGGAUCUUAUGGAGUUUUACUUCCAAACAACGUGCUGCACAUAACGAGAUACAUUGCUGAUCAUCUUGGCUAUAGAGCCAGCUCAGAAACCAAGAAAAAGACACCAAAUACUCCAUUAAGAAUCGAACUUCAGCUCCAACCAACGGUAUCCUCAAUAUCAACACAAGGAGAAAAUCAAGAAUAUCCAUUUAUCCAGUCCACAACCACACCAAUUCCUAGUCCAUUUGAAACAAUGAAACCCUCAAUUGAUCCUCUCGUAGCCUCACAAAUUUAUCAGCAACACAACAUCAACCUUAAUCCUCCCCAAAAUCUCUUAAGAGAUCCAAAUGUAAUUGAUCCAAAUGUGGCCAAUGCAUUCCUAAAUCAAAUGUAUUUUGUUCCACAAAACCCAAUCAAUGGAUUACGUCAAAAUCCAUAUGAUAAUUCUGUAAGUACUUAUUCAGCUCAACAAAAUACUCCACAAAAUAGCUUUCCAUUUUUCAAUUGGUUUGGAUUUGGCAAUAGCAAUGGUAAUAAUAACAAUAAUAAUAAUCUGUAUGCAGAUCAGCUACAGCAACAACCACAAAGACCUGUUAUAGAUUUUCUUAAUAGUCUCGCAAAUAACAAUCCCAUCACAAAUUUCUUCAAUGGUUUCGGUCAAACAUCACAAAGCGAUCAAACUUCAAAUUAUCAAAAUCAAAAUCCAUUCCAGCAAUUUCUUAACAAUCUUAAUCCAUUCAAUUUUUUCAAUAAUAAUAAUAACAAUAACAAUCGACCGAUUGUAUCACUUCCAAUCACUCAAAGUGAUUAUAUUCCACCGGCUGGCACACAGCAAGGUGUUUUUAUGCCACCACAAAGUAAUGUUGAUUCAUCUGUCUUUAGUAAUGAUCAUUUUCUUAAUCCUAACACAAUGACUCAGGGUAGUCCGCAAGUAGUUCAUAAUUAUCAACCCACAAGCUCAUCAUUUAAUGAUUAUUAUCGUCCACAAUAUAAACCAUACAGUAGUGCAUGGCCACAUAAUAAUAAUAAUAAUAACAAUAGACCUAAUACAUACAAUCCUAAUACUAAUAACUUUGCAAGUCCUUACACAUAUUAUAAUCCAUAUCCAUCCAUGACAUCUAACAAUCAUAAUAAAAAGACCAGCACUAAGAAUAAGCGCAAGAAGAAUAAGAAUAAAGUUCAAAUUGACACAGAUUCUGACUGGUUUGAGGAUUUUUUAGAUAAGAGGAAGGAAGCGAGUUUCGAGAUCACCAAGAAGCAUGCAUCGAAGAAACAAGAUGAUGACUAUGAUUUAGAUCUUGACGAAUACUUUCGGUAAACUAGCUGAUUUAUAUGCUUGGUUCAUUGAUGUCAUCAACAUUAAUAUUUAUUAUAUCAUAAGUAAUUUUUAUACAUAAGCAAGCAAUUGGCAAUGGCAAUAAAAAAAGAAGUUAUUUUAAUUGAAAACAAUUUGGCAAUGAAUCAUGUCCUCUUCAUCCUUAACUGUCUCAUACUCAUCAUUUGUUAAGGACAAAACAUUUGUGACAAUUUGUAUAUUCGUUUCCUUUAUAUUAAGGCACGAUGAGCUUGUUGAGAUGCAUUUGAUAAAGUUUCGAUCAUUUAUGUCUCGUCCAUGCUUCCAAACAUUAAGGGAGUAGUUGACUGGAUGUUGAUAGACACUUGUCAACCAGACGCAGAGAACUUCUUCGGAUUUUUGACUGGCUUGAUUGGACAUUGAUGAGGAACCGAAAAUUUCUCGUAAGUUGAAUUUACAUGUGAGAAGGAGGAUUGGAAGGCAGUUUUUGAAUGGUCCGUACCCGAUGUUGCUAUAAGGAAAGUUUAAAUUAUUGAUAGCUGUCGAUUCCAUGUCAUUAAUCAACGUACAUCAUCUUACCACUCAACAAGAACAUUUGAUGACAUCUCACAAAAUUGACAUUUCCAGACGGACUAAAUACACAAUUCACAACCUUAUUUGGCGCCAAUUUCACAGUCUCAAUAUAAGGAUGAUCAAUAGUGAUAUGCGAAAAGAAAUCAGUCGGUGUCGUGAUCAUUUCACAGAAUGAGCAUGGACAAGUGAUUGGCAAUCGAGGUAAAUUAAGUGCGACAUUUUCCAAUGACUCGGCAGUAUCAUCACCAUCUUCGGGCUCAUAAAACUCAACCGGUUCCAUUUGAGCUGGAAAAUUAUAUUCGCAUCGAUAGACGGGUGUGAACUUGACACGGCAGGCAUUGAAUGGAGUUUUCGAAUCUUUUUUCUCUUCCGGUGGAGAAGCUUCAAUACGCGAGGCACUCAAUGAUGUGAAAUUUGCCGUUUCCGAUUCAUUUAUGGCUGCUUCAUUUUUAUAGAGCUGAUAUGCGGAGGCUGGCUGUGAAUUUUCAACAACUGAUUGAACUUCAUCUACAAAACAUUCACUUCGGCUUGAGAAAGUUUGACAUGAGUGACGCGACUCACUGAAGACUUCACGAGUCGAUGAUUUGUUGACAAUCAGUGACUCACCACGGUCACCAAAGCAAGUGCUGCGUGAACUAUGAAUCGGACUUUUCAUGCUUGACUCUGGCUUGUUACUUAAAAUUUGUGUCUUUUUCGAUGAUGAUGUGGAAUUGCAAAACUUUACAUUUGAUUCAUGAACCUUAACAAUUGGCUUUUCUUUCUGGACUUCAGCUAUUCCAGAAAAAUUCUUUAUCAUCUCCUUCUCAUCUUCUUCAUCCAGAAUGACUGAAAGUGUUGAAUCAACAUGUUUAUGUCCAAUAACUUGAAUACAUCCGACGAUUGGUUUCUUCUCACAUUCAGCCUUGUUGCAGCAAUUUUCGUACUCAUCGAGUCCUUUCAUGAUUUCAAGGAAGCUACUGUCAGAGUCUGAAUCUUCAUUUUCUGUUGCUUUUACAGAAAUUUCUUCAAUUUUGUCUUGUGAAGGUUCUGGAAUUUCGGAAUAGCAGAUUCUUGGGAUGUCGUUGUUGAUCUCAAC